AUACUUAAUCUUCUUCUCUCAUCCAGCUAACAUCUCCCCCUUCCUUCCCUGCACCCUGCUCUCUAUAAAUACCACCAUCUCUACCACAUUUCUCGCAUCUCUCUCUCCCUCCUCUUCAUCUUUCUCUCCCGGAGAGAGACAAUAUCCAAGCCCCCGUUUUUAAUCUUCAAAUAUAAUUCCCUGAAAUUGCAAGGAUGGGUGUAACAAUAAGAAACCGUAACUAUGAUCACGGCUCUCUCCCGUUUCUUCAAUCUCUCCUAGCCAUCUUGCUUGUAUUAACAACCACAUUAUACAUUAACGGCGUCGAAGCCUUCCACGAAAUUCAUUAUAAUCUGCAGUCUGUUGGUGCUGAGAAUGUAAAGCAAGUCCACAGAACUGGCUACCACUUUCAACCUAAACAAAACUGGAUUAACGAUCCAAAUGGACCAAUGUAUUACAAGGGGGUAUAUCAUCUUUUUUAUCAGUACAAUCCCAAGGGUGCAGUGUGGGGUAAUAUUGUAUGGGCUCAUUCGGUGUCGACUGACUUGAUCAACUGGACACCGCUUGAGCCUGCAAUUUUUCCAUCUAAACCAUUUGAUAAAUAUGGAUGCUGGUCCGGUUCAGCGACUAUCCUUCCAGGUAACAAGCCUGUGAUACUCUAUACUGGAAUUGUAGAAGGCCCCCCAAAAAAUGUACAAGUUCAAAACUAUGCUAUUCCCGCCAACCUUUCUGAUCCUUACCUUCGGAAGUGGAUCAAACCCGAUAACAACCCGUUAGUCGUUGCCAACAAUGGGGAAAAUGCCACUGCUUUUAGGGAUCCGACCACAGCAUGGUUGGACAAAAGUGGACACUGGAAAAUGUUGGUUGGUAGUAAGAGGAACCGAAGAGGAAUUGCGUAUUUGUACAGGAGUAAAGAUUUUAUUAAAUGGACCAAGGCUAAACACCCGAUCCAUUCCCAGGCUAACACUGGAAUGUGGGAAUGUCCUGAUUUUUUCCCAGUAUCACUGAAGGGAUUGAAUGGAUUAGAUACUUCUGUAACAGGAGAAAGUGUUAAGCAUGUGCUGAAGGUUAGCUUAGAUUUAACAAGGUACGAAUAUUACACCGUUGGUACAUAUCUUACUGAUAAGGACAGGUAUGUCCCGGACAAUACAUCAGUUGAUGGUUGGGCCGGCUUGAGGUAUGAUUAUGGAAACUUUUACGCAUCAAAGACGUUCUUUGAUCCUUCUAAGAAUCGGAGAAUUCUGUGGGGUUGGGCUAAUGAAUCUGACAGUACUGCUCAUGAUGUUGCAAAGGGAUGGGCUGGAAUUCAGUUAAUUCCACGGACACUUUGGUUGGAUACAAGCGGGAAACAAUUGAUGCAGUGGCCAAUCGAAGAAUUAGAAACACUGAGAGGGUCAAAAGCUAAGUUUUCCACAAAACAAGAGCUGGCUAAGGGACAACUUGUUGAAGUAAAAGGAAUUACAGCUGCACAGGCUGAUGUCGAGGUGACAUUUUCAUUUAAAAGUUUGGCGAAAGCUGAGCCAUUUGAUCCGAAAUGGCUAGAAUAUGAUGCUGAAAAGAUUUGCAGCCUCAAGGGAUCUACAGUUCAAGGUGGAGUUGGACCAUUUGGCCUCUUAACACUGGCUUCAGAAAAGCUAGAAGAAUAUACUCCUGUCUUCUUCAGAGUGUUCAAAGCACAAAACACGCAUAAAGUUCUUAUGUGCUCUGAUGCAACAAGGUCCUCGUUAAAGGAAGGAUUGUACAGACCGUCAUUUGCAGGUUUUGUCGAUGUUGAUCUGGCCACUGAUAAGAAAAUCUCUCUUAGAAGCUUGAUUGAUAAUUCGGUUGUCGAGAGUUUUGGAGCUAAAGGAAAGACAUGCAUAUCAUCUAGGGUGUAUCCCACGCUAGCAGUUUAUGAAAAUGCUCAUUUAUAUGUCUUCAACAAUGGCUCAGAGACUAUUACCGUAGAGAAUCUGGAUGCAUGGAGCAUGAAGAAGCCCUUGCGAAUGAACUAACCAAUGCAGGAAGAAAACGUACAUGGAAAAUAUGUUGACUUAUGUAAUUUUGUUUUUCAUCCCGGAAUAGUCAUGCCCACAUUUGUAAUACAAUGCUAGAGCUGUCUCUCACAUGAUCAAUUCACUUUAUAUAAUAAUAUAUUUCUACCUAUUUAGGUUUUGAGAAUA